AUGGACCAAGAGUACACGCCAGCAGACGACCCUGGCUCGUUCCUCGGAGAAAGUUGGGAAGAAGAGGCACUAGGAGUUGAGGCCUUCCAGGAGACGACGGGGAACCACGACGACCACGCCUGCAACAACAACUACAGGAUCGGAUCGAGGCACCGGACGCCGCCGCCCGGAGACGCCACCCCGUCGCCGCCCAGGCGCACGUCCCCGUCGCCAACCCCAACCGCCUCGCCGGACCGCCUCGCUUCCUCCCCGACGUGCUCCAUCGACACCUCGACGCCACCCCGAACCGCUGUUGCCGAGCGCCAUCCACCCGGAGCUCCCCCGCCGCCGCCUGUCGUCUUCAUCCUCCUCCGCGACCCCCACUGCCACUCCCCUACACCACUCGGUGAGGGUCACGCCCUCUCCUCUCUCCCUUGUCCCGUGCACGCUACGGCGCCGUCGCCCCCCUGCAGCUCUCAACCACGCCCCGCGUCCUCCCGUAGCCGACAUCGCGCCCCGACCGCGGUCACCCCGCGCUGGCCGCACCCAGCGUGCGCGCCCGGCCCGCGCCUGCCGCCUACUAACCUCACCGGCCCCGCCCCUCUCGUGCUCACCCCCACGUGCUCGUUGGUGCCCUGCUCCUCUACUCCCGCGCCGCGCCUCGCAACCUCCGAGCCUCGCUGUAGCUCCGCAUGCUGCAUGCCGCCGACGCGCCGCCACGCUCGCCAGCUUCCGCGCGCGCCGCACUCCCGCACCUCCCGGACCCCCCUGCUGGCCGCGCCAUGGCCGGCCCCAACGCACCGCCCCGGCCCCUGCACCCUGCUGUCCACUUUGCUCGAGCCCCGCCUCGUCGUGGCCUCCCUGCAGCCGCUGCUGCUCGCCCCUCCGCCCCCGACCACUGCUCCGUAG